UUUUGUAGCUCGCAAAAGCACCUGCAAAAUUUUAUAGAACUCUUUCGUUCAGAGAUAAAUUAUUCGGAACAUCCGGUUUGUCAAAAGGCGGCAAAUGGAAAGUUGAUCAGUUUGUGAGAAAGAAAACAUCAACAAUGCAAAAAUCUAUAACAUCUUUCUUUACCUCACCAAAACCUAAAACUACAGAACCAAUCUGUAACUCUGACAGCAAAAAGACUGAAAAGAGUUCAGUUAAAAAACCAACUCCAGCUAAAAAAACAAAGUCACCAUUGAAACCUAAAAAUACCUCGCCAGCGAAAAAUACCUCACCAGUAAAAGAUGCUGAUUCACCAGUGAAAAUACGUGCCAAAAGAAGGAGUAAAGCCAGAGUUAUAGAGAGUGAUGAUGAAGAUGAGUGUGAAAACAAUGUGGAUACCAGUGAAACUCCUGAGGCUACCACUAAAGACCAGAAAGAGGACAAAUCAGAAAGUACACAAAAGAAAGAUGAUAAAUCAGAUGAUACACAAAAGAAGAAGGAUAAAACUGAAAGCACAAAAGAUAAAACAGUAGAAGAUAAAAAAGUGAAUAAGAAAGAAACCCCAUUGAAGUCAAAGCCAGAGCCUGUAGAUUCAGGAGUUUCCUCACAGUCAUCACAGGAAUGUGCAGGACCUGCAACACCUAUCAGUUCACCAUUUGGUUUACCUGUGAGAAGAACAGCAAGAAAAAGUAUGGGGGCUACACCAAAAAGAAAGACAUUAGACUACACAGAGGAGAAGUCAGCAAGUAAAAAGAGGAAGAAGACAGAAGAAGAUGAGGAGGAGGAAAAGACAGAAAAAGAAGAGACGAAGACUAAAAGAAAUAAGGAUAAAAAUACAGAUAAAAACAAAAAUACUGAUAAAAACGAAGAAGAAGAAGAAGAAAUGGAAGUAGACACUAAAGAACCUGAUAUGCCUGAAGAGACAAAGAAUACAGAAUCUGAUAAACAGGAUGAAAAGAAGGCAAAGAAUACAGAAUCUGAUAAACAGGAUGAAAAGAAGGGAAAAGAGGAAGAAGAAGAAGAAAGUGACAAACAAGAAGAAAGCUAUGGUCCAAAAGUCAAAAAAGAAAAGAAAACACCUAAAGGAAAGAAAGAAAAACAAAUCAAUACCAAGAAAGGGAAAGCAACUCCUAAGGAUAAGAAGCCAAAGAAAGAAGAAAAAAAAUCACCUGAAGUCAAAAAAGAAAUAAAAGAAGAAAAGAUAGAAGAGAAAACAGAAACAAAACCAUCAAAACCAGUUCACAGUUUCUUUGCUCCAAAGAAAAGUACCAAGUCUGAAACAGAAGAAGAUAAAGUUGAAUGCAAAUCAAGUGCGACUCCAUCAAAGGAUGCCGUUGAGAGCAAAUCAAGUGCGACUCCAUCAAAGGAUACCAAAACAGAGAUAAAAAAAGAAUCAGGAUCGGAUAAGAAGACAGAUGAUUAUAAUCCUGCUAAGUCACGGUACCAUCCAAUUGAUGAUGCCUGUUGGAAACAUGGAGAAAAAAUACCUUACCUUGCUUUGGCUAGAACAUUCGAAGCAAUAGAAGCUGUCUCAGCUAGAUUAAAGAUUAUGGAAAUGCUAUGUAAUUUCUUCCGUUCUGUAAUUGUACUUACUCCUGAAGAUUUGUUAUGUUCUGUGUACCUGUGUCUCAACAAGCUAGCUCCAGCUUAUGAAGGUAUUGAGCUUGGCAUAGGAGAAACAGUUCUGAUGAGAGCUAUAGCUCAGGCUACAGGUAGAAGUGUUGACAAGAUAAAACUGGAUGCACAAGAGAAAGGAGAUCUGGGUAUUGUAGCAGAGUCCAGUAGAAGUAACCAGAGAACAAUGUUUGCUCCGCCAAAAUUAACAAUCAGAGAUGUGUUCAAAAAGUUGACAGAAAUAGGGCAGAUGUCAGGCAAUUCUGCUCAAGCAAAGAAAAUAGAGAAAAUAAAGGGAAUGUUUGUAGCCUGUAGACACUCUGAAGCCAGAUAUCUUAUUAGAUCCCUUGGAGGGAAACUGAGAAUAGGUCUAGCAGAACAAAGUGUCCUAACAGCACUGGGUAAUGCUGUAUACCUGACACCACCUGGUCAAGAUUAUCCUCCAGAAAUAUUGGAUGCUGGGAAAGGUCAGGGUUCAGAAUCAUUAAAAAAGAACAUGGAGGAAGCUGCUCUAGUCAUUAAAACAGUUUAUUGUGAAUGUCCAAACUAUGGUGCCAUAAUCCCUGUAUUAUUAAAGGAAGGUAUACAGGAGUUACCCAAACAUUGUAAACUUACACCAGGUGUCCCAUUGAAGCCUAUGCUUGCCCAUCCUACAAAGGGUGUUAGUGAGGUAUUGAAACGUUUUGAGAAUGCAGAAUUCGCCUGUGAAUACAAAUAUGAUGGUGAAAGAGCACAGAUACAUAUAUUAGAAGAUGGAAAAGUACACAUAUACAGUAGAAACUCUGAGAACAAUACCACUAAAUACCCAGAUAUAAUAGCCAGGAUACCUAAGGUCAAGAAUGAUUCUGUCAAAUCAUGUGUUCUUGAUUCUGAAGCUGUGGCAUGGGACGCAGAGAAAAAACAAAUUCAGCCUUUCCAAGUAUUAAGUCAUAGGAAAAGAAAGGAUGCUGAUGCUUCAGAAAUCAAGGUACAGGUCUGUGUUUACGCAUUUGACUUAUUAUAUUUAAACGGUGAAUCACUGGUAACACAGCCUUUCAGAAGGAGGAGAGAACUCUUGCAUCAGUCAUUUGAAGAAAUUGAAGGAGAAUUUGUGUAUGCUAAAUCUAAAAUCUUAUCUGAUACAGAAGAAAUUGCUGAAUUCUUAGACGAGUCUGUUAAAGGAAAUUGUGAAGGCUUGAUGGUGAAAACUUUGGACAAAAAUGCAACUUAUGAAAUAGCAAAACGAUCUCAUAACUGGCUCAAGUUGAAGAAAGACUAUUUAGAGGGAGUUGGUGACACAUUGGAUGUGGUGGUUAUAGGUGGUUACAUAGGAACAGGAAAACGAACGGGGAGAUAUGGUGGAUUCUUACUAGCUUGUUAUGACGAGGAAAAUGAAGAAUUUCAAAGUAUAUGUAAGAUUGGCACUGGUUUUACUGAUGAGGAUUUAGAACAACAUUCCACCUUCUUUAAAGAACAUCUGAUUGAUAAACCCAAGGCAUACUAUCGCUAUGACAACUCUCAUAUGCCAGAUCAUUGGUUCGAUGCUGUACAAGUCUGGGAAAUAAAAUGUGCAGAUUUAUCAAUAUCACCAACACACAAGGCAGCAUCUGGACUGGUGGACCCAGAGAAAGGAAUUUCUUUACGAUUUCCACGAUUUCUGCGGAUUCGUGAUGACAAAAAGACAGAUGAAGCUACCUCAGCUACUCAGGUGGCAGAGAUGUACAAAGGCCAAUCACAGAUACAGAACCAAACAAAGGAUGCAGGAGACGAAGAAGAUUUCUACUGAUUUUGUAUAUUUAUUUAAAAUGAAUUUUUAUGUCAAAUUUUCAACCUAAUAUAUCACUAAAAAUUAA